CUUGAAUGCAUCGGACAUCAGUUGAUGGUGAUAAGUUGUUGCGUAAAGAGUGAAAGACCGUCUUUCCUUUGCACAAUCGGCGAUCUAUACAAAAGCCUACCACUUGGGUGCUCCCAUAUCUAAAGACUAAAGAGUAUAAAGCAUUGUACCAUUGCUCAGCAAUGCCAAUUUAUUAAAUUUUCUCUUUUCAAAAAAGUAUCUUUAUUCUGUUUGCUGCCCUUCGACAACAAUUAACAACCAACAAACGAGAAUAAAUUUUAUAAAGGAAACAAGAUGGAAUCGGGGGUCUUCUUUUCAUUGGGAAAGCAUUUAACUCGCAGAAAGUGUAGAACGUUGAUCGCGUCAGCAUCAUCAUUUGGCCAGUAAUUUGCCGUCGGUGUUUGAUUUUUAUUUUCCGACGACGACGAAGACGAUCUGAUCGCGAUCUAUAAUCAAUCUUAUUGCAGUGCUUUGCUAUUAUUUUUUUGUUUUUAUAGAUAAAUCGUUUAAGUCUUCGUAUGUGAUCGUGUGAUCGCGAAAAGAUACAUCUGCGACGUCUAUUUUGAGUGAUAUCCGACGACAAAUUUAUCAUCACAAUUUGAACAGUGGCGUACGAAGAAGAUACUAUCGGAAUUUUUGUCAUCAUAAGCAACAAUCGUGCAAUUGUUAUUUUUAAAAGUUGCCUCGCGUUCAGUUUUAGUGACUCAUUUUUAUUAACCGACCCGAACAAGAAAUUGGCGAGAAUUCGCCAGAAUUCCGCGAUAUAUUUAUAAAAUUUUUUAACUGCCGACAGCCAAACAAGCAUAUUAUGUAUGUUUGCAUACGAAAGGAACGCGUGUCUUGUCUAGAAGUGGCUGAAUUGUGAAUUAAAAAUAUCCAGCAGGGGGCGUCUCUGCGUGGGUGUUGGACUGAUAGUUUAAAUUAAUUACGCGGGUGCUGUAGCCUCAAGCUGUUUGUGUAUUUUUUAAUAAAUUAGCUUGUUAACACUUAAAUUUAGCCAUAAGCUGUGAAUAUGGUAGCAUCUGGAUUGUGUUGAAUCGUAGAAUCUUUUUCUUUUUUAAUUAAAAAUUUGUCUGUUAUCUAUCUGUGUUUAUACAAUGCGCGAUUUGCUAUGGUGUAUGUAUGUGUAUUCGCGUUGAUAAGCCAUUUGUUUGAAUUACCUGUCCUCUUAGUUGGCAAAGUGGGUUAUAAUCAUAGAAUGUUUGAAUAGUAGCAGAUAUUCCAGUUAAAUAGAGAUACAAUAUCUUUCUGGGCUCAAACAAAACGCAUACCUUUUGAAACAAAUAAAAAAAAACAAACAUCUUUAUGAUGAUUAAAGCAGCUUUUUAUAUUCGCGACCUUGACUCGAUGUGGCUCUAUCAUCCUUUUGUAAAGUGGUGAAGAUUGUGAUUUUUUUUUUUCAAUUUUUUGUUUCAAUUUAUAAUUUGAUCGUUUCGGGAACACGGAAUAUGACCCGCAAAUGGGACAGAGAAAUGAUCCUUUCCGGUAUUUUACUUGUGCUGAUCUUUAUCAGGCACACAGUCGUCGGUACAUAUGCUGACGACGAUUAUAAACCAAGAUGGUCGUACGGAAUAAAUCAGCACCAGCAAUCCAUUCAUCAGCAACAGCAGCAGCAGCAACAUCAGCAUUCACGAACCGCUCAGCAAGCAAUCUCGUUUCCUCAUCACCAACAUCGGCAUCAUCACGAUGACUACAUGCACAAGAAUAAUCGUGAGAUGCACAUAAAAUCGCAGCACUCGCAUUUUUACCUUGACAGGGAUUACCGGCCUGCUGCCAGCAUAAAACCUACAACAACAACCAAAACCCCAACAACUUCAUCGUGGAAAUGGAGCUCUGCCACGGCAGCCAAUUUCAAAUUGCCCGAAUUGACACAUAUAAACUAUCAAGGUGGCAAUGAAACCGAUGAUGGCACAAUGGUCAAAAACAGGCUUGACGCUGACAGCGAAAGGCAUCGCCAGCAAUGGAGUGCAAAUAAUAAGCGAACUUUUAGUUGGCCGUAUCAUGUUAAAUUGAACAAUGAUGAUGCGCCCACGAUCACUUCCAAAGCAGAGCAUAAUCUGAGAUCGUCUGGGUCUCAUUACAAUAGUCAUUCUCAUAAUGAACAAAAGCCAGACCAGAACAGUCAAAAAAGCUUGGUGGAAAAAUCUUCUAGGAUUGAUGCUGUUGAUCCCGGGAAGAUAAGUCAUGAAGAUCAGGGGUUCAAGAGCAAGGCUGAUUACGAUGAGGAUUAUGACGAAAACGAUUACUACGAAGAAGUUGAUGAGAAUGGAAAUAUGAUUGAAGAACGACGGGCAGAUGGUGAGACUGAAGAUGUAGUAUUAUCUGAGCAGAGGAGUGAAGAAAUAAACAGCCGAAAAGAAGCGCUCAAGAGCGAGGAAGAGGCUGAAAAAAAUAUCAGAGACAAAAACGACAGGCAAGAUGUUGAAGAUGAUUACAGUUCUGAAUUUUUGAGAGAUGACCCCUUCUCAUCAAAUGAUGACCAAAAUCAAACUUUAAGUUUGACAGACAUAAAAUGGAAAAACUUGGGAACGGCAGCUGCUGUUGCAAGAUCCCGUCAGCAAUUUCUGAGUUCACCUCAAAACAAAGUCGACGCACACAUUCAAAGGCUCAAAGAAGAAGGGAAAUGUCGAUGGCCACAUCCCAAAGUUAUUCCACUCAUAGACGCUUCAAAUCGCUUUAUACCACAUUGUACCAUUUUACAUCGUUGUGCUGACGAUACGGGAUGUUGUGAAGAUGACAAAAAAACAUGUGUAGCUAAAAAGUCAACAUCAGUAGAUUUGUAUUUUUAUAUCAUUCCUAUUCAAAACAACUCAAAACCCGGCAUAGAAGUUCGAAAUUUUGAUAACCACACUGAAUGCCAUUGUGUUAAUAAAAGCAGGCAUCGUCGAACCCCAAGGCAUUACAACUAUGGUAUUCAUCUAAAUACCCCCAGUGCCAGUCAAAACUGUAGAUGUCCUAGCCAUUUCCACAUCGUUAUGGAUGGGAGUCAGUGUCGUUGUGAUUGUUUCACAUGGAAUCAAAGUUGCUACGAUCUUAAAGAAGGAAAUGAUCGAUUUCCAAAUGAAGAUCAAAAAUGCAUUUCCGAAAACAAAUGCCAAAAGCCUACAUGUGAACACGGUCAUUAUAACAAACAUAGCGGACGUUGUCCUAGGCUAAGGGCACCACAGCCUCAAAACAAUUACAGAUAACUACCUACUUAGAGUGCGAAAUAUCAACCAAAAGCAUCUCAUUAUGAGUAAACAUACAAAACAUAAAUAUUUUUGUGUUUAUCGAUAUAAUUUUAUUUUAAGUGAGGCAUUUUUGAUUUUGUAUUUAUUGAGUAAACUUAGUACUUAAAAAUUAUAAUUAUUACGUUAAGCUUGUUACAUUAUAUUGAUUGUUCAUUGGAGAGAUAUAAAAAUCUCAUUUGUUUCCUUGCAAUAUUUUUUACGAGCUUUUUUUAUAUUAAUAUAAUUUAUGUUUAGUUUUUUUUUCUAAUUUAUAGGCACGUUGUUGUAGUUAAGUAUUUAGCCAUUGAAAAGAUUUAUCCUCAUCUGUUACUUACAUAAUCAAUAUCUUGUAUAAACUGUUGCUAUAAGGCAGAUAUCGAAAAUAAUAAUUAAAGAACAAACAUAAAUUUAUUAUCAGUUUCAUUUAUUAAACAUAACAGUUUAAGCCUUGAAUAUGAGCUGUAUUUUUUAGUUUCGUUUUUAAAACAAUUUUGGAAAAUGUAUGCUUCCGACAUCUAAUUUCUUUUUUUCAAUUUAAAGAGCGUCGAAGAAAACAAAAAUGCUAAUAUAUACUAUU